AUGAGUAUUCUGAGUGAAAUUCUCAGUACAGGACAUGUUGAUGAAGAAUUAUUGGCAGCACUUGAUGAUGAUCAGAAGCAAUUAUUAUUCUGCCAGAUGAGAAGUGAACAAGUUCGAAAAUGGGAGAUGGCAGAGGCGGAAUUCGAACGGACGGGUCCGUUGAAUCGAAAAAUGAAAAAGAAAGGAUUGAAAUGGCUGACGGGAGUUGAUGGAGAAGUAUGGGUGUGGGUUAUGGGCGAUCAUGAACAGGAUAAAACGAUAGAUGAAAUACUCGAAGAAGAAAGUCGAGAAAAAGCCCACGCCUUGGCGAUGCGGGAGCUACGAGCCGGUGCUUCUGAUUCCGAUGAAGACGCCCUGAUGGCACAACUGAAAGGAUUACGGGUUGUCGGAUCACAACCUCACGAGAAUUAUGACAAUUUGUAUAACAACGACCUAACUGGGACAUCCCCUCUACUUUUAUUCCAACCACCAAAACCAAUUCUCACUCAACCUCCACAAAUUGUGACAACAACUACUGUAUCUAGCUACUCAACUCCCCAGCCGCAGAAAGCGCAGUUGGUACGCGGAGAGAAACCGCCUGUACCAUCGAAACCAACGACUGGAUACUUUGCAACAUUCACAUCCAACCCACAAACAACAACUACUGUAUAUGAUUUGGCGCCAACGACAGCUUCCACAAAUGGAUUCGGUGGAAAUACAUAUCAGAAUAGAAUGCAAGAAGCUCAGAAUACAAAUGGCGUCCGAAUGCGUGCUCCUCGGAUAGACGACGGUCGACGAGAGGAAGAAGUUCAAAAAAGAGAAUCAGAAAUAUUCCAAAGUUUAGUAGAAGAACGCGAACGGCUUCAGAGAGAAGCGGAGUUGAUCGAAGACCGCGAGAAGACACUUUGGGAAGAACGAGAGAGGAAAGCUCGUGAAGCAGAGCAUGCGCAACGAGAACUAGCGCAAAAAGCACGGGAAAAACAUCAACAAAUGAUCCGGACGAGUACGAGUAUUUUGCCGGCGUUAAAGGAUCACAAGGCUGGAAGUUUACGGGAAGCAAUAAAAAAUCUUCCUCGACCUCCGAAGCCGAAGUCGCGAGCAGCGAUAAUUGAAUGGUUUCAAAAAGAAGAACUUCCACGUGGUACUGGUCUCGAUCCGAAGACAAGAGCACCGGCGCCAUGGUUUCAUGGUAUCAUUUCGAGAGAUCAAUCGGAAGUUUUGCUGACACAUAAACCAACUGGAUCCUUCCUGGUUCGAGUAUCCGAACGGAUUUGGGGAUACACAGUUUCCUACGCUGCACGCGAUGGAUCGUUCAAACAUUUUUUGGUAGAGAAGAUACCAGAAGGUUAUCAAUUUUUGGGAACAAAUCAAGUUGUUCACGAUGAACUUUUUGAUUUGGUUGCUUAUCAUGAGACAGCACCCAUAACAGCGAAAGGCGCUGAAAUACUGAAAUGGGCGGUGGGACAACCAACAAGGCCCGCCGAUUACUCAGAUCUCAUCCCAGAAUCACCAAUACAUUACAAUACAUAUUCAUCUCGCAGUAUUGUUCGAACCAUACCAACAACGAUAUUGAAUGGACCAGUUGGCCGUUUUUGA